UCUCCUUCUUCUUCGGUCUUCCCAACUCCAACUUUUAGCAUUUCUUCUUCACUCUUCUCCCUCCUCCGUUUCCACCCAUGGCCACGUCCUUGGCCUGCUCAGCAGACCAGCUCUCCCAACUCACCUCAAUCUUCGGCCCCAACGCCACCAAUGGCAGCGCCGCCGCCUCUUUUAUCUGUAACCAGUUCGACGCCAUCAACAACAAGUUCAUGGAUGCCGCCUUCGCCAUCGACUCCACCUACCUCCUCUUCUCCGCCUACUUAGUCUUCUCCAUGCAACUUGGCUUCGCCAUGCUCUGCGCUGGCUCCGUUCGCGCCAAAAACACCAUGAACAUUAUGUUAACCAACGUCCUUGACGCCGCCACCGGAGGCCUCUUCUAUUACAUGUUCGGCUUCGCUUUCGCUUUUGGUACGCCCUCCAACGGCUUCAUCGGCCGCCACAACUUCGCUCUCAAGUCCAUUCCAUCGUCAAACUUCGAUUACAGUUAUUUCCUCUAUCAGUGGGCUUUCGCAAUCGCCGCUGCCGGGAUCACCAGUGGCUCCAUCGCUGAAAGGACUCAGUUCGUCGCUUAUUUGAUUUACUCCUCUUUUUUGACCGGCUUCGUCUACCCGGUUGUCUCUCAUUGGUUCUGGUCCGUUGAUGGUUGGGCGAGUGCAACGAAUACCGGCAAUCUCUUGUUCGGGUCGGGCGUUAUCGAUUUCGCCGGGUCGGGUGUGGUCCAUAUGGUGGGUGGUAUCGCGGGUCUCUGGGGUGCACUCAUUGAAGGUCCGAGAAUCGGAAGGUUUGACCACUCCGGUCGGUCAAUAGGCCUCCGUGGCCACAGCGCGUCACUCGUCGUUCUCGGGACGUUCAUGCUCUGGUUCGGUUGGUACGGGUUCAACCCCGGAUCUUUCACUAAGAUUUUCAGCGCGUACACUUCAGGCUCUUAUUAUGGGCAGUGGAGCGCAAUCGGCAGAACCGCCGUUACCACAACCUUAGCCGGCUGCACCGCGGCUUUAACAACACUUUUCGGUAAAAGAGUUCUGUCCGGUCACUGGAACGUUACCGACGUUUGCAACGGUUUGCUCGGAGGUUUCGCGGCCAUUACUGCCGGCUGUUCAGUGGUCGAGCCUUGGGCGGCUAUCAUUUGCGGGUUCGUGGCGGCUCUGGUUUUGAUUGGGUGCAACAAACUGGCCGAGAAGUUUAAGUUCGAUGAUCCAUUGGAGGCUGCGCAGUUGCAUGGCGGGUGCGGCGCGUGGGGGGUGAUUUUCACUGCUUUGUUUGCUACUGAGAAGUAUGUGAAUGAGGUUUACCCGGGUAAACCGGGUCGGCCGUACGGGUUGUUCAUGGGCGGCGGUGGAAGGCUUUUGGCUGCCCAUGUAAUUCAGGUCCUGGUGAUUGCGGGGUGGGUUAGUGCGACAAUGGGGCCUCUGUUCUUUAUUCUUCACAAGAUGAAGCUGUUGAGGAUAUCGGCGGAGGACGAAAUGGCGGGUAUGGAUCUGACCCGACAUGGUGGGUUUGCUUAUAUUUACCAUGAUGAUGAGGAUGAUAUGCAAAAGAAUGGGAUUAGAUUGAGAAAAAUUGAACCUUCGUCCAUGACAGCCACUUCAGUUUAGAGGAAUUUUCUUUGCGUUUGGUUUGGUAUAAUAUUUUAAUGUUGUAAAGAUAGAUCAAGAUGUGGAGUUAAUCAAAGGCUUUAAUUUGUUUUCACAUCACAUGAUGAGGUUUUUGUGAUUGUAUUAAAAUACUCCUUAUUUUGGGAGAAAUGUUUUUGUUUG